AUGUAUUUACCGUCUCUCAACGAGCUCAAUAAAUCAGCUGUUUAGCAGAAGGUGGUUGAAUAGACUGAUGAGAGAGUCCGCAGAAACAACCCUAAAUUAUAAGCACUGGGUUUUACCUCAGAUACUGGUCCUAAGUUCUCUAUGAAUCCUCAGGAUGAUAGCAUGACAAUGCCUUUCAAUCAGUAACUUCAAACAUCAGCGCUAGGGGCUGUGGGCCCGCGAAGAGAUAGACUUGGAAAUUUGAUUAAGAUUGGUGAGAAGUAACAUAAGCUCACAUUUAGAGAUUAGAUAGAGAAAGGUGAAAAGCUAGAACAAAUAUUUGAAGUCGAGAGUUGGAAAUAAUACAAUGCUCCAUUUGAAGCUGAGGAAAGUGCUUUUUCAUGCAAGUGCAGCAUAUUUUGA